AUGAUCCCUGCACAAAAAGCCCUUGCAAGAACGGAGGUACGUGUACAAGUCAAUCUGGCAGUUAUACAUGUACCUGUACAAGCAAAUUUGCAGGAACUUAUUGUGAGCAGUAAAUGCGCCCAAGACGGUGGAACUCUUGCGCAAGCCGACAGCGAAGCUGUUAACAACUAUCUUGACACAUUGAGAGGAAAUGGUGACACAGCUUGGAUUGGAUUGAAUGAUCUUGAAACUGAAAAUACAUUCAAAUGGGACGGAUCGCAACAACCUGUCAGUUUUACAAAUUGGAACACAAAUGAACCAAAUAAUGGCGCAGGAACUGGAGAGGAAGAUUGUGUUGAAAUGUCAGCCACUAAGAAAUGGAAUGACUACUACUGUGCUAGUCUAAACUUCUAUUUCUGUCAACGUUCUUCUACAAUUGCGCCCUAAUGAGAUCAUAUGGAUGAGAAAAAGGACAGUGAUACACACUAUCAAAGCCGG